AUGGGAAACCUGAGCUGGGCAUCAGCUUGCCUAGCUCAUCUCUACCGCUCCCUCUGUAAUACUAGUGCGCGAGUGGUGAAGGAGAUUGAUGGGGCCAUGUUCAUCGUCCAAUUUUGGGCUUGGGAGCAUUUGUCAUGGAUUGCGCCGAAGGUAGACCCCGACAAGGAAUGGGGACCCGACCAUCCCCUACGACAUGAAGCUUAUGGUUGUAGGUGGCUUGGUGAAAGAACAUGCGACAACCUAGGAGCGCAUAAGUUGGAGUAUCGUAGGAGGCUGGAUCGCCUUUGGGAAGCAGAGCUUAAGUUCAAUCCAUAUCCAGAACGCAUUGUCGCGCAUCACGUCCACAAGUUCCCGUUGCAUCCCGGUCAAUGGUGCACCCGAGUUCCACUAAUCUGCCACCAUAUAGUGGAGUGGCACUUGCCGGAUCGAUGUCUACGACAAUUCGGACGUGAGCAAUGCCUACCACUGGAAGUCCCGGAGAGUCAGAGGGGGUACCACGGGAAAGAUGGUCGACAAGGAUCUACUAAUUGGCCGGAGGAGUAUGUAGAAUUGAUUGCUCUAUGGAACGUUAGGCAAGAUCAGGAUAUUGUGACGGGAUCAGAUGUGGGGCGGAUGGGCUACCAUGACCCAUACAUGGAAACAUACCGAAGACAAUCUGUUCGUUACAUGACCCCCGAAGGUGCGGCGAACUGAGCUUUGGUUGAUGGCAUCGAGCGUAUACACGACCUUGCUCGUAUUGCAGAUCAUUCGGCUGCGGGUCGAGAGGUGGGGCUCAUUCGAAGGAUAGCGAACAGUCUCCUUGGCUAUAUGAGAGCGCGCGGACGUGACCAUCACAGAUACCCGCCAGUUCCCCUAGUUACACCGCGGCCGGUG